CUGAAGAAAGGAUGAAAGGCAGGAAGAGAUCCUUGUGACACUCGUCAGACAUGCCCUGGCAGGCAUCUGUCCCCUGCAGAUGAGGAAAUCAGGACCCAGGUCAGUGAAGUAAUCCAUGCCAAGGCAACACAGCCAGUUCCCAGAGCAGUGGACUCUCUGCCCUCUUUUCAGGGCUCUGUUCACUCUUCUACACCAUAGGAAAUGUUUGUUUCCAUUGGCCUGAUGCCUUGCAGACGAUGGAGGGGAUGCCUUUUCAACCCAGGACUGGACCAGGACCCCGGUCCUACAUUCCCUUCCCUUUACCAGCCUCCAUCCCAUCUAGCCCUAACUUGUCCUUUCAGCUUCUGAGUUUUACCUUGAAGGAAACCAUGUACCCCGUGACUGAGGGGACCCCCCUGGACCAGUGUGACUUCAAAACAGAUGGGCUGGUGAAAGAGUGUCAAGGCUCAAUAUGGCUGCCAUCAUCCUCACCUGUGACCCAGAGGCCCCAGAGAAAUAUUAUUUUGAGAGGGGCUCCACAGGCUUCAACAGACUACCCAAAGGGUCCAUGACCCAAAAAAAGUGAGCUUCUGCAGAAACCAUGGUGGGGAGAAGAGGAAUUCCGAUUUAUGAAAGAGAAUUGGAAUGAACAGAAUACUUAUGUCAUUAAAGCCAGAUCAUUUGUCCCUCUGAGUCUUGGAUUCGUUGUAAAAUGAGGGGCCUGAAUAAGAGGAUCCCUGAGGUGCCUGACUACAUUUGGUCCUCAGUGAGGGACCUGUGAGUACAGCUGAGUGACCCCAUCCUCCUGUCAGCAUCCCAAUGGGUUU